AUGGAAGGAGAAGCAAGUCGACAUGACUCAUUCAAUGCAGAUCGCUAUGAAAGAUUAUUUUCAGAUGUAAACUAUUAUGGAUUAAUUAAUUUAGCCACGAUCAAAGAGCUUGAAAGCAGUAUCAAAGACAGACUAUACAAAAGUAUAAAAACGCAUCCAGUGCUGGUAGAUGAAGGAAGAAUGGAGAUAGAGAUGCUCGUAGAAGGGAUUGCAAAUGCAACACAAAAAUACGAGCAGAUUCUUCAACGACAGAAUGAGUAUUACAAGAGAAAGCAUUCACCAACCAGUUGA